AUGUCGGUAGGUCAAAUAGAUCCUGGACAAGCAGUCUACGCUCAAGAUGAGAAUGGAAGACCAUUUAUCAUCGUUCGUGAACAAGGGAAGAAAGUGCGAACGCAUGGAUUAGAAGCUAUCAGGAGUCAUAUCCUUGCUGCUCGAGCUGUCACAAAUAUCAUCAAAUCUUCACUUGGUCCUCGAGGUCUCGACAAAAUCCUCAUCUCGCCAGACGGAGAUAUAACAGUCACCAAUGACGGUGCUACCAUAUUGGGUCAGAUGGAAGUAGAACAUCAGAUCGCCAAGUUGUUGGUGGAAGUUUCGAAAUCGCAGGAUGAUGAAAUUGGAGAUGGUACGACAGGUGUAGUCGUCCUUGCCGGCGCCCUUCUCUCAUCGGCUUUAGAUCUCUUGGAUCGAGGUAUUCACCCAAUCAGGAUAGCAGAUGGUUAUGAGAAAGCCUGUGAAGUCGCUGUGCAAGAGUUGGAUCGAGUAGCUGAUAAGAUCGAGUUCAGUAAAGAAGAUACUACCAAUUUAUUGAAAACAGCCAAGACAAGUUUGGGAAGUAAGAUUGUUUCAAUAGCCCACGACAAAUUCGCCAACAUCGCUGUCGACGCCGUUCUCUCCGUAGCGGACCUAGCAAGGCGCGAUGUCGAUUUCGAACUGAUCAAAGUCGAUGGUAAAGUCGGGGGAUCAUUGGAAGAUACUUCACUGGUGAAAGGUGUCGUAGUUGACAAAGAUAUGUCGCACCCUCAAAUGCCCAGUACGGUCAAAGAUGCCAAGAUCGCGAUAUUGACUUGUCCGUUUGAACCUCCUCGACCUAAGACUAAACAUAAGUUGGACAUUGAGUCUGUGGAGGAGUUCAAGAAACUGAGGGAGUAUGAGAAAGAGAAGUUCCAAGAUAUGAUUAAGAUGGUCAAGGACACUGGAGCCAACCUAGUCAUCUGUCAAUGGGGUUUCGACGAUGAAGCCAACCAUUUACUCAUGCAGAAUGAAUUACCAGCUGUCCGAUGGGUCGGUGGACCGGAGAUUGAGCUCAUUGCUAUCGCCACCAACGGACGAAUUGUACCUCGAUUCGAAGAUCUUUCAGCUGAUAAGCUUGGUCGAGCCGGUCUCGUCAGGGAGCUCACAUUCGGUACUACGAGGGAUAAGAUGCUGGUCAUUGAGGAGUGUGCGAAUACCAGAGCUGUCACCGUUUUCGUAAGGGGAAGUAACAAGAUGAUCAUCGACGAAGCCAAAAGAGCACUUCACGAUGCCAUCUGUGUGGUACGAAACCUUGUUAAAGACAACCGAGUAGUAUAUGGAGGUGGUGCUGCUGAGAUCUGCGCUUCCAUUGCUGUAUCCAAGAAGGCUGAUGAAAUCCCAUCGAUCGAGCAAUACGCUAUGAGAGCGUUCUCGAAAGCUCUCGAUGCCAUCCCUCUCGCCUUGGCCGAAAACUCUGGUUUAUCACCUAUCGAUACCCUGGCAGAUGUGAAAUCUAGACAGGUCACCGAAGGUAACCCCAGAUUAGGUAUUGACUGUCUCGGAAAAGGAGAGAAUGAUAUGAAAACACAACAUGUAUACGAUCCAUUGAUCUCGAAACGACAACAAUUCUUAUUAGCUACUCAAGUGGUGAGAAUGAUUUUAAGAGUGGAUGAUGUGAUAGAUGCAUCUGCCUUCAAAGAUGAAUAA